AUGGCUCUCGGAGAUCCUUACUGUCCCGGCGAGUUGGACGCGUUGCAUGAAGACCGGAACAGAUCAGAAACCACCAUCUGCUUGCCUUCGCCUUCCCCGGUGAAGCGAGCUUCCUCCUACUAUUCGCAGGCGGGUCCCAAGGUACAGGAAGAAUCCAACCAAGACCCUUUCUAUCUCGAACAGUCGCUGGCCGCGACGCCGCCUUGGACGGACUCGUAUACCCCGGAUAUUCGCGAUGAGAGAUACAGUGAAGACCACAGCCAAUACUAUACACUGUCCUUGACACAUGAGAAACACCACAAGCACUCUCGCCAGGGGUCUUUGCAAUACAACGGGCCCGAUCGAUCCACACUCGCCCAGCUGGAAUUGGAAAACAGCCUGAGUUUCCGCAGCUAUUCCUCCUCCACCGACGAAAGGAGACCAGCGCAUGGCAGUCAGGGCUCAUUUAGUUCGGUACAGACAGACGCUACCGUCCCAGACUUGACGCCCAGUUCUUCCUUCUCCUCGACCUACUCCUCUCCUGCUUGCCCGGAAGCCGUUCUUAAGGCAACCGAGAAGCUCUACCACCACGCCCAGCAGGCUCACGACGAGCCUCGACGCGCCUUCUAUCUUCCUGCAUCAACCCCUCCCAAAUACUCCCUUCCACCUCCACCUCCCGUGCCUUCACUCCCCAAGGCCCUCACCCGACCCACUACACCCGUUGCCGACCCCGCCACUUCCACAAUGAAGUACGAGGCAUCAAGUAUGUCUUCCUCCUCGCGCAGGAGUCGAAGAAAGCAACCUCCUACAUUGCCCAACCUGUCUCGCGGCACAAGCGCCCACAGCUAUCGGAGGAAACAGUCUAGCCCUGGUACGCGUCCUCCACUGGACCCGUCCAUGAUCUCGCCCCCGAGCUUGAUCAACCCGGUGACCAUGGAGCCGCAUGCCACCCACUUCGAUCAGGCUCUGUUCAUCCCUGCCAAUGAUGGCGCCAGUCCCAUCCCGAGUCCUGUUGCCAGCUCCCCUCCCAUCUCUCGCCAAUGGACUGCCACAUCCAUGGAGCGCCCCUCCACAUCCACAAUGGAUGCUUACAUGGGUGAACAAUCUGUGUGGGAGUCGGACUCUGACAACGAGUCCAUCGGUCACAAGUCGCUUUCACGCAAGCCCAUUGACACCCUGCGAAAGGUUCGCAGCCGAGCCAAGCUUCGCGGUGCCAAGUCCCAACCGAAGCUUCACCAGGCUAUGCUGGAUGACCAGAUGCCAGAGAAAUUCCCUACUUUGCCAGAUGAUGUUGUCGGAAUGCCCGUUAUUGACCCGUCCCGCGGCGUUAGUCUCGACCGACCUAGCACCAGCAGGCCUAGCAAUAUCCGAGAUGGAUUUAAGCCAAACCACCCUCUUCAAACUCUCCGUCUCGUGGCACCUUCCACUACCUCUUUGAUGAAGCCACUUUCUAGCCGCUCAAGAAACAACAGCAGCAUCCAGGAGUCAGACGUUGAACGCGCCGCGGCAGCGGCCAACCACGCGCAACAACGUCGGAAACAAUCUGACACUCCCGAAUACAACUCGGACAAGGAGCAGCUCACCUCCAUGUGUUACGAACAACACUCGCCAGUUCCAUUCCCGGACCCUGGCGUUGACAACCGCCCCUUUUUGAAGAAAGUCAUUGACUCUCUUCGGUCUCUGAGCUGUCACAAGUCCACAAAAUCCAAUGUUACAACAAUCUGA